CCCCUGUCUUCUCUGUGCGAUGCGCGUGUCGUCCUACAAUUACGGUAGCACUUACGCAUGCUCACUAUUCAACAUCCGGAAGCGAGAGUGUUGCGGAGAACGAUAAGUGCCUAGAAGGAGAAAUCCUUUUAAAAACGAAAAUAUGUCUUAGAUUGUUAAGUAUUGUCGCUCUAACGCAGUAAUAUACCAUCUGGGAAAAGCAACUUAACUCGGAGUAAACAAUCGGAGCUUUUCGGCAUCGCAUGAUACACAUAACGGACAACCACUUGAGCUUCAAGGGUCUUGAGAUCUGGAGUAUCCAACCAACGUCCGCCUGAACAGCUGUUGUCUGAGCUGUCCUCUUUAUCCAUCGUUUGCCAGUGUUUUAUUCAACAAUUUUAAAAUAAUUUUCAAUAUAAAAUAUAUACUUCCAUGACAUUUAUCUAUCGAGCGUAACGAGGUAUCGUAUCGCGUAAGGUCAAUGGACGUGUGCUUCACUAAGGCUAGACUUGUUUAUCGAGCUACAUGGUAUUUGCUUAGCCUUACAGUUAAAUCACGCUUUAUGGUGUUAUAUUGUUUUGAUAUGGAUUAGACUAGCUCUAUGUGUGAACUAAGGGAUAAUACUUUUGACCACUAAGGUAUAUUUAUGACCAUUUGAGGAAUAAGGGUCGUGAUUCGUUGGUACAAUUGUCAACGCGACUGUAUGAUAUCGGAGGCUAUUGUUUUCUUUAAUCGCUCUAUUCCAUAGCCGGUGUCCUUAGCGCGUUUAAAUUUCUACAUUUCUCCAAACAAUUGGUUUAUAUUACAACCGGACAAUGGCCGACUCUUUGAAGACCUUCCAGGUGCAUCUCACAGCCGUCAUGGACAGUUUGGUCCGCGCGUCGGUGUGUGAGAUAACCAAACUGUUCCAGGACACCGUCAACGACUACUUGGUGGAAAUCUCUUUGAACAGGAAAGAGACUGAAGCUCUGAAACUAAGAUUGCGACUAACUGAGAACAAGCUUAGGAACGAGCGCAAGUAUGGCCUCAGUUGGGCGAGUCGGCGGGCCGGAGUCCUGGCUUCGGAUGAGACGGGUGGAGGAGGACGAAAAAAACGCAAAGGGGACACAGCCAGAGGAAAAGCAGCGAAGGAGUGGAGCAGGAGAGCGUGGGAGGAGGGGGUUGGAGAAGCGAGAGAGCAGGAGGAGGCGGGAGCGGAGGCGGGGGGCAGGGACGUGUACCUCGUUCAUCUGCCCGAAGGAGAAGCGGAGGAGAGGGAGGAGAGAAGACGCGCCUCUGGGGAGGGAAAGGAGCCAGCCAACAUCAAAGAGGAGUCUGGAGAGAAUGAGUCAAGGUACAGGCCAGACUCUCUCAGGCUGAUCAAGGAGGCUCUGCAGAUGGAGCCAGCUGAUCCCAAGACUAGCAGUGCCCCUCACAGCCACACCAAUGUAGAUUUAGACCCUGCCUCUGGCUCGGUGGGCUUGGCCUCAGAUGACCGUAGCCCGUCCGGCCUAUCAGGUGCCCAGGAGGACUGGCACGGCGAGCCGGCCUGCGCUGACGGAGCGGAGGAGGGAGGGGCCAGCGUGGACGAGCUGAGCGGCCUGGAGACGGCACUAAGGGCCGAGCGGGAGCGCGAGAAGGCCCGCUCAGGCCUCAGCAGCCCCACCGGUCAGCACAUGGCCAUGUCCGGCACGCGCAGCGACCUGGACUACGUCAUGAGCCCCAAGUACAUCGGGCUGGACGGGCUGUGCAGCUCCACGCAGCACCCCAUGUCCCCGCACCGGGCUGCCGGGCCCGCUUCCACCGGCUGGACCAAGAGAGGCAGCCGAGAGCCGGUCAACAGCUCGCCGCCGCUCCUGGACGAGGGCGAAGGACUACAGCUCCCAUCGGCCACCGGCAGCAUGGAGGAGGAGUCCAACGGCGAGGCCGGCGACUUCCUGCACUUCUGCACGCAGUGCGGCGGCGGCUUCAACACCACGGAGGACCUGGAGGAGCACGCCUGCCCAGCGGCCGGCAGCGCCGACGAGGACCUGCCCUUCCAGUGCGCGGCGUGCGGCUGCGGCUUCACGCACGCCUGGGGCCUGAAGAACCACGAGUGCGUGCCCAGCGGCGAGCGCCCACACCGUUGCGAGCUGUGCGGUAAGCGGUUCAUGCACUCGCGCUCGCUGGAGCGCCACCAGCUGGUGCACACGGGCGAGCGGCCGCACCGCUGCCCCCAGUGCGGCCGCAGCUUCAGUCGCCUUGGCAACCUGGAGCGGCACCAGCGCAUCCACACGGGCGAGCGGCCGUACGAGUGCGGCGCCUGCGGCAAGCGCUUCAGCCGCGUGGAGUACCUGAAGCGCCACCAGCACAUCCACAGCGGUGACCGUGAGCGGGCCGAGGGCCAGGGCCUCCACCAGUGCGCCCACUGUGGCAAGACGUGCGCCGACGCCGAGCAGCUGAAAAAUCACCAGUGCUUCUACAACAUGUAGAGCGGAAGCCGGAAUCAAGUCCACUCUUGUUUAGGAAAAAAAAGAAGGAAAGCGGGAGAGAAAGAGAUGCAUAACCUCAGACAUGAAAAUAAAAAGACCACCUGCAUUCUGCAUUAGCAGUUACACUCCCAGACACCAAGUCGCUCCCUCUCUCUCUUUCUCUCUCACACACACACACACACACACACACACACACACACACACACACACACACACACACACACACACACUGAACAGACAAAGAUGACCAACGCUGUCAAGACAAUUCAGUAAACAAGUAAACAAUCUCCUGACCACAGCCUACAAAAACCAGAAUGGUAAAACAUGACAGACUGUUGUUUUCUUGUAUGUAACAUGCAACUUGAUUUUAAACCUGUAUACGCUCCAUGUAGGACAACAUAGUUCUGCCAUAUCAUAGCAUCUUGAGAGAGGCGGAAACUAAAAACCAUUCCCCCCUUGAAAUAAUUCAUCGGUCUAGUUAAAAAAAAGAUGAAAACAUUAGAAUGUGUUUUGUGUUGGAAAGAUCCUGUAUGAUGAAGUUUAAACAUUUUUGCAAAAUAUUUCUCUUCUCAUAGGCUCUGCAUACUUUCAUAAGAAGUUAUAAUGAUAAUCGGGGCUCUAAAUUAACACCAGUCAACCGGCCAAAUGCUGUCUAGUAGAAAAGACCAACUUACUACCCACUUUGACCCAUUAGUAAAGUGCGUGUGUUUGGCUAGUAAGAUUAAAAUCUACUAGCCAUUUUGGCUGGUGAUGGAAAAAAGUUAAUUUAGGGCCCUUAUGAUGAUGGUUUUUCAGUUCUCUGUUUGAAGGCUCAUAACCAGUGUAAAUGGACGUGCUAUUCAUGCUCAACCUGUGUCAUGUCUUUCAUCUGUCCACUAGAAGGCAAGCAGAGCUUUAUGGGGAGGCGACAAACUUCCUCUUUUGUACAAGUUUACAUAAUGUACUAUGUGACAAUAAUAAAUGAACACACAUUAAAAUAAAUGGGAUGUUUAUUUUGUA